AAGCAGACAGAAUAUCGUACUUGAACCGCCGUGUUCUACAAUUUCAAACGAACAAAGGGCGGCAUGGCAUGAAUGCUCCGAUUUGUCGCCAGUCGCGCAUCGAUGCGCCCUUCGCGCGAUCCCUUAGCGUUGGCAUAGCUGAUUUGUCAGACUGCGCGACUCAGCGACUGCAACAUCCCGCCUCAAGCCACAGGUGCUCGACUGACUGAAGACAGUCAUAAACGACGAUGUCCAACUCUUCGAUAAUGCUAUGGCAUUCUUGCUGCUGCUGCUGCAUAGUUUAAUAGUCCACAGCGGUGCGAGCUUCUACCGACCACAGCCCCAGCUCCAAGACGUCGCCCUCUUAUCAGAGUCCAACUUCCUCGGCUACCACCCCCUGCCAGAGAUGCCAACGCUGCUCGGGCAUUCCAAUGGCUGGCACCCGGGCGAGCGGGCUGUUCACUCCCUGCUAAAAGUGCCCACGUCAAGCCGCCGGAAUCCAACCGCGGUCGGACUGCCCGCGUCCUACGCUCACCGUGUUACUGUCUCGCCUCUCCUGGCCGUCGGAACACUUGACGAUCAAGGCCAGCCGUGGACCUCGCUCUGGGGCGGCGAGCGUGGCUUUACCCAACCGGUAGCCCAAGGCCUCCUGGGCAUGCAGAGCAUAGUCGACAAGGCCCAUGAUCCGGUCAUACGUGCCCUGAUGGGAACCGCAGCUGAUGAGGAGGUGUUCCAGCCCGAUGACGACCGGAUAAUGAGCGGCUUGAGCAUUGAUCUCGAAAGCCGAGACCGCGUCAAACUGGCAGGCAAGAUGCUCGUCGGCACUGUCGCUGGGCAGGCACACAACGAUACCAUUGGCGAAGCGCAGAUUGCCAUGAUUGUUCAGGAGAGUAUGGGGAACUGCCCCAAGUACAUCAACAAGAAGGCCAUCCGCGCUCAUAUCCCUUCCCCACAACUGGUCUCGUCAUCCCUGCCGCUUCCGCCAGAAGCCCUGGCCUUGAUCGAGCAGGCAGACAUGUUCUUCCUGUCUUCGACAAAUGGGGAAACGAUGGACACCAACCAUCGCGGAGGACAGGCCGGCUUCGUGCGUGUCCUCAGCAACUCGCCUGCUGGAAGCUCAGAUGGCGGUGUGGCUCUGAUCUACCCAGAGUACUCAGGCAACCGCCUGUACCAAACGCUGGGCAACCUGCACACCAAUCCCCUAGUUGGCAUUGUCAUCCCUGAUUUCACCACCUCCGACGUCCUCUACCUGACCGGCUCGACCGAGCUCCUUGUCGGCCCGGCUGCAUCCUCAGUCAUGCCACACACCAAUCUCGCCGUCAAGAUCACCGUGACCUCGGCCGUCCUCGUCAAAGACAGCCUCCCUUUCCGGGGCACGGCAGGCGAGCCGAGCCCGUACAACCCCCGCGUGCGUCGCCUCGCAACUGAACACCCACCGACCAUCUCACACCAACCGCAAGAAGCCACCUCCCCGCUCGCAACAGCAACCAUCCUCCGUCGCGAGCACCUCACACCCACCAUAGCCCGCUUCACCUUUCUCCUGCAACAGUACCGCGGAAACCAGCCCUCUGGCAGCGACAUCAGUAGAAAACAACCGCCGCUUCUGACCUGGCUCCCCGGCCAGCACAUAACCGUCUCCCUCGCGUCCGAACUCGACCUCGGGUACAGUCACAUGCGCGACAAUGAUCCGCAGAGUCUAAACGACGAUUUCGUCCGGACCUUCACCAUCUCUAACCCUCCACCUCCACCACCAGCAGCAGACGGUCAGGGUGCGGACAAGAAGGCGGUAGAAGUGCAGCUGACGCUGCGCAAGCACGGUCCCGUGACGGGCCUCUUGUUUUCUACACGACAAUUUGGGGAUAAGGGCACGGGGCUGGAGGUGCCUGUUUUGGGAGUCGGGGGUGGGGUAGGGGGGUUUCGCAUUCUCGAUGAUGAUGGUGCUGGUGGUGGUGAGGGUGACAGCAAGAAAGGAGCGCAGAAAGGAAAGAAAGCAGUAUUUGUGGCGGGCGGAAUCGGAAUCACGCCGCUUCUGGCGCAGGCGCCGGGGAUGUUGGCUGCGGGGAGGGAGAUGGAGGUGUUGUGGAGUCUAAGGGCGGAGGAUUUGGGGUUGGCGAUCGAUUCAUUUGAGAGGGUUGAGGGUUUGGGCCGAGUGACGAGUGUUUUUGUUACGGGGAUGGGUGAAAUAAAGGAUGGCGAUGAUCACCGGAAGGAGAUGGUUGAGACGGUGAGGAAGUUGGGAGCGAAGGUGGAAAUUAGGAGGAUGCAAAGGGGAGAUGUGCUUGGGGCGAGGAAUGCGGCGAGGGGAACAAAGUAUUUUGCUUGCGCCAGCCCUGAGAUGCUGAGAACGGUUUUGGACUGGCUUGAGGAGGAAGAGGUGGUGUCUGAGAGUUUCGAAUAUUGAUGGGUUGGUGUUCAGGUCAACUUCAGGGGGGUUCAGGGGUGUUUGGGCUGGCCUCUCGUUCACCAAGCAACUGCCUGGCUCGAGCCCAUGGCACUGCGCAACCACUGUGCGUAAGAUGAAUACCUAAAUUGCUUCAACAUCCCGGGAUCUUCAGGCGAUUUUGAGAGUACGUAUGGUAGUACGAGGAUGGAUUGUGAGAAGAGCGAAGCGGCGUUUAUGUACCUUCUUACUUCGAUCGCUGUCUCAUUCUUUAACGAUUUGAUUUCUCUACAGUUGACGAGGACCGGGAUGUGCACUUCAGAGAUCGGGCAGCUGAGUGUGUGAGUCAACCCGUAAUAGAAGAACGAAC